GGUGAAUGCCAAAAGAACAGCUGAUCAUAGCGUGGCAGAGCGUAAAAGUGAAAAACUCUCUUAGUUUUAUCGGAUUCGGAGCAGUUUCCCCUAAUUUCUGCCUGCGAAAGUGAGGUUGUUUUGGUGUAAGACGCCCGCUUGCUACUUUUCUAAAGUGUAAACGAACUUCUAAGCGGUAGUUUUUGCAAUAACCUUAUAUAACGCAGACCGGCAGAAAGUAAAUAAACAAAGGGAACCUCUCGUUUGCACCGACAAAUGUAAACCGAUCUUCACGUUCGUCGUUGACCUGAAAACUUGGAUGAUUGAUGGGUUUUACCAAAAGUGCAAAAAGUCUGGCUGUUUGUUAUUUAAGAAACAAAAUUCUAGGCACUGAUAUAUUUGCCAGAAGUUCAACUCAGUCGGGAAUAUUAUUUUCGACCAGAUUUCGUGGCAGUUCCUGCUCUAUCAAUAUGGAAAAAGUGUACUUUCGCAAUGCCAGUGAUAGCAAAGAUCUAGAUAUUGUGUUUCGGUUUGUGAACACCAAUUUGAACAUAAAUCGUGAAUUUAAUUUCCGUCGUCAAAUGAACGAACCCAUCAAUGCCAUAUUAGCCCGGAUCCAAAGCAACAUUCAAAGUAGACUCGCCAAAUCAUCCAAGAAAUCGAAGAAUAAACCGCCUGCUGAGAUAAAUGUUAAGCUCUAUAGCGAUAGUUGUGAUGACAACUUCAGUGAGAUGACCUUCGAUGAACUGUUUGCAAAAGAUCCGACUGGACUGAAACUGCAGGUGGUGGAUACAGUUUACGAUAUGGUUUUCAAUCCACCGUGGAUUGCAUCCCUUAAACUGCCUUCGUGCAUUUUAGCAGGAUUCGUGGUUUAUCCGACCAACGUACAGAUUCAAUUCGGUGAGCGGCAGCACAGCAAGGGAUUAUGGUACAAGGCAAAACGACCAACGGAUACCGAAUGGACACUUUGUGGAGAAGGAUUUCAGUAUCUAGUGACGCCCGAAGAUGUUGGCUAUCAUCUAAAAUUUGAGUUAACGCCGCGAAAUGAACAGGGAGCAAAUGGUCCUGUAGUGGAAAAGAUAUCAAACUCUGCGGUUCAGGCGGCGCCAGGAUUAUGCCCAUUUCAAGCUCGCCACCAUCAUACUCCGAAUUAUUUGAGUGACUCCAAUGAAAUUCGAGUGGUAACAUACAAUCUGUUGGCUGAUUUGUAUGCGAGCAGCGACUACGCCGGAAAAACCCUAUUCUCAUAUUGUCCAGCAAAAUAUUUGCAAAUCGACUUCAGAAAACCAUUGUUUAUUAACGAAAUCAUUGGUUAUAAUUCUGAUCUUAUUUGCCUGCAAGAAGUCGAUCAAAGGAUUUUUGAUUUUGAUUUAAAGGAAAUUCUCGAACAACCUCCGUAUAAUUACCAUGGCAUAAUGGCACCGAAAGGUAAAUGUGCAGAAGGAGUUGCCAUUUUCUUUAGGACAUCCCGCUUUGAACUACUGGACUCCCAAGUUCUGCAUUUAGGAUCUAAAAUCUCUGUUCUGCCCGUAUUCGAAAGCCUUUGGAAUAAAAUCAAAACAAAUACUCAACUAGCCGAACGAAUUUGCGAUCGGUCCACAACCCUACAAACUUGUUUGCUAAAGAUUAGGGGAACCGAAAACUACGUUCUUGUGGCCAACACGCAUCUAUAUUUCCAUCCGGAUGCAGAUCACAUAAGACUCUUGCAAAUGGGGUUUUCAAUGCUUUUCAUAGAGCAUUUAAUAAACAAAGCUGUGAAGGAUUUUAAUAUCAGUAGCCGUCAAAAUAUAGGUUUGAUAUUUUGUGGCGAUUUUAAUAGCGUUCCCGAAUGUGGAAUAUACAAGUUGAUGACCGAGAAACUAGCCGAAGAAAGUCUGGAGGAUUGGCGCAGUAAUGCCGAGGAGGCCGUUUCGAAUGUGCAGCUUUCACAACCCUUUCAAAUGACCUCGGCUUGUGGCGCACCAGAGUACACACACUACACCACACUGUUUUCGGGCUGUUUGGACUAUAUAUUCUACCAAAACGACCGUUUUGAAUUAAUACAGUACGUUCCUUUGCCAACGGAAGAGCAGUUAAAGGCUAAUGCUGGCAUACCAUCAGCUGUGUUUCCAUCAGACCAUGUUGCUCUUGUAGCCGAUCUUAGGUUUAAGGCAAAUUGAGGCUUGAUAUUACUUAAAUUAUUUUAAUAACUCGGGGAUUUCACAACACAUAGAUCAUAAGGAAUCCCAGAUUAUUCUUAAUCUAUAAAGGUCCUAUUGUUUAUUUAAAUAUAAUCGUAUACAAAUAUAUGCAUUUAAUUUCCAA